CUUCGACCGCGGUCCGACGACACGACUCGUUUUCUACGACGACGACCGUAGUGUGUAGUGGGUAUUAUAGUAGGCACGUCUUGCGCCAUUCCGUCGUCUACACAUGGACGUGUCACACGUGUAGUUUGUGCCCGUGUAGCACACCGUAACGAAUCAACGCGCGCGCCGCGCCUUAUCGUUUUUUAAUUUUUUUUUUUUAUCGACGUAAUAAAAAGAAUUUUACGACAAAAAAUUCGUCGUCGUGCGAUACUACAAUAUUAUUUUGUCAUCAAUUUUAUGUAUAUUUAUAUAUAAAAAUACAUAUAUAUUUUUCAAUUUUUACGCGUGUUCUGUGUUUGUCUGAUAUUGUGUGCGGGAGGCUGCAAUAGUGCCGCGGCGAUAAAGGCUAUUCGCUGAUUCCGUCGUGUGUUUGCGCACCUAUACACGUACGCCGCGGUGUAUAUUAUAAUAAUAUAAAAUAAUCGACGACGAUCCCGCUCGGAGUACCGACGCCGGGAAUAUUGUGUACAAUUUUUAAAAAAUUUUAAAAAUAGAAAAACCGCGCGGCACAUGCGCCACGAGUUCUAUUAUUGUACGGACGCAGGUCGAAUUACUCGUAUUCGUGUAGUGGCGGGAGGGCGCAACUGUGGAAUUCAACACGACGACGGCAUAACCGUUCGUAUCUUCACUGCAGUGGCAACAGCAUACCGCCGGUGUCCCGCCGUUAUCAGUGCCGCGGCUGUUGUUAUCAGUGACGUUUGUUUUCGUUAAAUUUUUUAUUAUUGUUGCUCCCGUAUACUUGUACUCCGAAGUAGUAGGUCUCCCGUGGACCUAAGUAAAAUAUCGUCCCCCUGAAUAGGAAAUCGCGAGUAAAUAAUAUCGUACUCGCCAUUUUCUGCGGUCGGCCGGUGCUGACCGUAUCGCGUGUGCGUGCAGUGCGUGGAUGACCAGUCGUAGGCGGUCAAGUGCAUGAGGUGGACAGCGAUGGACAGUGCGUCUGGCGGUGGCGGCCGCGACAAUAGAUUCGGCAUGGGUUACGCGUCGAACAUGUCGCUGUUGGACCCGUCGGACAUUUACAACAACGGUGUUGGUGGUCAACAACAACGGCCGUCCACGUCUCGCACACCACCCAUGAUGGGAUGUGGUCCUGGCGGUCCGGUUCACCAGCGUGGCAUCAAGCGAACGAUGGGCCCUGGUACUAACAUGUGCUACGAACCCACCGACCACCAUCGGUUGGUUGACGACAAUUUUUCGCCACCUUCCGUCAAGGACGUAUCACCGUCAAAUGGCAAGAAAACCAAGGGCCGUGUAAAAAUAAAAAUGGAAUACAUUGAAAAUAAGUUGCGUAGAUACACAACGUUCUCUAAAAGGAAAACCGGCAUCAUGAAGAAGGCAUAUGAGUUGUCAACAUUAACAGGCACUCAAGUGAUGCUAUUAGUAGCAUCUGAAACGGGACAUGUAUAUACCUUUGCCACACGCAAGUUACAGCCGAUGAUUACUUCUGAAGCUGGCAAAGCACUAAUUCAAACAUGCUUAAAUUCACCAGACCCGUGUCCAUCCUCAUCAGGUGCUAACUCAGGGGAUCAACGCAUGUCAGCAACUGGAUUCGAGGAGACUGAUCUGUCUUACAACAUUGGCGAUGACCACGAUUCCAAAGAAACCGACGGGAUGAGUUCUAGAGCGUCGGACAGCGGCGCGGAGUCUAGCGGAUCGGAAUCACCACCCCCCGCAGCAGCCGGUCCAGCCACGCGGUCACCGCCGUCGCCGUCGCCGCCGACGUCCUCCUCGGCAGCGGCAGCAGCAGCAGCAGCCGUCGCGUCUCCCGGGAUUUUCAGAUUGUCGUCGAGCAACGCAGAGUUGGUGUACUCAAACCUAGCAGCCAUGGUCAAUUCGUCUGGUGCUUCCGGUCCACAGCAGCAGGCAGCCGUCCUGUUCCGAUUGGGGCAACUAGGCCGGCAGCUUCAGGCAUCCGGACAACAACCGUUCAUACUGCCGAUGCCGAAUCCGCCAGCGGCGCACCAAACGCCCGCCGAUCUCAGCAGCAAGUCGUCGCGGAAUAAAUCAGAACUCUGAAAUCCUUAUAGGCGGCCGGCGUCUAUGUAACGUCCAAAGUACAUGAUAUUAUAAUAAUAUGUACCUAAAUAUACAUGUGCACGCCCGCAAUAGCGUCUUACAAAAUAUUUUUAUGUUUAUUAUUAUUAUUAUUGUUACGAUAUGUUAUAUAGAUAUUUUUCACAAAACUUUUCGGCAUUGAUCCUUUUUGCAUAUGUGAAUCUUUGUAGUAUGUAGGUACUUAUAGAUAUCGCCUCUUCUGGCUGUAUUUAUACUAUGCGUAUUAACUUGUCUUUUCCGUUUCCGCUUCGAGUACAAUUGUCGCCGUGGGGCUUUACAUAUCUGUCCCAAACUCCCAAAUGCAUUUGGAAUAAUGAAGUAAGAAUAAUGAAGAUAUAAUCACCAUCGUAGGUAUUCAAUGUCCAUAUUACCUAUAUAAAGAUGUACUCACAUAAUACACAUACCGUUUUACAGGUUAUGAAAAAUGUUUUCCAAAAGAACCAUCUUAAGCAUAAUUUAGUUUUUAUCACGAAAUUCAAGUUUUUUUUAACCUUAACGAUGUUUUCCGGUCAGCAUAACGCAUAAGCACAGUUUUACGUGGACGCGUUACUGCAUUCUACAAUUAAUCAUUUAUGUAUACUUUUAGUAUUUUAUUGUUUUUAUUUGAUUUUGAGUUUAACAUCAUAUUAUAUAAAAAAAAUGUCUUCGACAAAAAUUCGUUGAAUAACAUUUUUUACGUAUACGAAUUAAUUAAAAAUAUAUAUAUAUAUAUAACGCUAUAUCAUAUAUACAAUAUAUCGAGAUUAUAAAUACUAAAAAUAAUAUUAUUAUGUACAGACGUACACUGCAUAAACAUUAUGAAAACUGCAUGUAAUUUGUAUGUGCGUUAAUUUUAAAGUUGUCAUUCAGAAUUAAUCGUUCUUUCCAGUUGUUUCUUGACCCCCGAUAUGACGUCAUAUCUCGCGAUAAAACUGUCAACUAAUUUUUCACAUAUGUAUCAGUGAUAAUAUUAUUAUUCGUGAUAUUAUUCUAAAACAAUAUUUUUUCAAAUUUUAGUUUUGCUUAUUAAAAUAAAUUAUAUAUUUUAUUUCAUUCAUACGAAUUACAUAUUAUUAUAUAUUUAAAAACUUCUUUUGAUCUAUUUCAGUCUUAUCUGCUAUUUUGAAUUUUCUAUAUAGGUACAUAUAGUUUGGCGAUUUUAAAAUAAUUUUGUGAUAUAUUUCCAUCACUUAAUUUUUUUUUUAAAUUUGCUAGGUAUCCUAUAAAUAGUUUAAUAUAAAAAAUCAAAAUAUUUUUUAUAAAUCUAUCAUUGUAACACUUUUUAUAAUUUUGUUAGUUAUGCAUUGCGAAUAGACUAAAUACUAUAAUCUACUUAAAUAAUAAACAAUGAAACAAUCACAACGUAAUUUUUGGAGUUAAAUUGGAUCAAUUUUACCUAAUAAAAAAUUCUACGUCAACAUCAAAUACAGUGUCUGACUAAAAUUACAUAAUUAUUGUUACGUAGUUAUCUACAUUUAUUUUGAAUUUUAACCAUCUGAAAAAAUUAAUAAAUAUUCCAUACUAUAAUCGACACUUAUAAGUUGUUCCUUUUUAUCUACCUCUUCCAUCUAAUUUUGUUCGUAA